CUCUCUUUUCUUCUACUGCUAUUUCCCUCUUUCAAAAUACCAAGACUCCUUGUUGCGACAAUAAUUAAUUCGAAUAAUCUUAUUUCCAAGGUCUUCAUUUAUCACUGAAGGAAAUUUUGUCUCCUUAAUGGCGAAGCGAGAGCUCUCCAGUACUUUGAGGGGUUUGAAGUUCAUGCAAAGGGCAGCUCAGAGAGAGGAGAAAGCGAUUAAGGAAGAAGAGGUUAAACCUGAAGGGAUUAAUACUAUUACUAGAAAAUGUGUUGUCAUAUUGGAAGGGGAUCCUCGUCCCAGAGCAACUGUUGGGCGGAUGUCAUUUCAAAGUUUCAAUCCUUCUAUUGAUAAACUGAAUGAAGCAGCAUCAAAUGAGUGUCGGCCAGAUGCCUCUGGUGGAAGGACUUUGUCUAGUGAGAAUGGAUCUGCAUCUGAAGCGACUGAUUGUGCUAAAGUCAGCACGGAUAAACACAAAGGUAAUGGAGACCUUAAGAGAAAACAGUCCGACAUAGUUUCUGAACCAGCACAUCCAAAUGAAUCGCCCAAAAAUAGUAAUGCCUCUCACUCAUCGCCAAGCAGCAGCAAGCCCUCCUCCAAAAAGCAGUCAAAGCGUGAGAAGCUCGACUGGAGUGUUCUCAGGCCACCAAAGCCUAAUAGGUGAUCCUAUAUAUGAAAUUGUCUUCAACAUAGCGAGUACAUUAAAAUUUAUUUUCAUGUUCCCAAAACCCAAUGUGUAACUCUGUUCUCGUUUUAUUAAAA